UCUAAUAAUAAACUAAGAAUUUGGACCAAAUUUUUUUUAUCAACCAAGAAUUAUGUGAAGUUGAUCCCAAAUUGAUUAAUUUUUUCUAACAAUUCCAUUAUCUGUAUAGUGUAAGGCUCUAAAUUGAUCCUUUCUGUAUUUUCAGGAGGACUGCAAGGUGCUAAUUAUUAUCAAUCUGAAGCAGCCUUUAUGAAGAAACAGCCUCAUUUCCAUAACCCUACAUACCAGAGACCACAUUCAUUUCAUGGCAGCCAUGCACCAAUGCAUGAUGGCAAUGCACCAAUGCAUGAUGUCAAUGCACCAAUGCAUGAUGUCAAUGCACCAAUGCAUGAUGUCAAUGCACCAAUGCAUGAUGGCAAUGCACCAAUGCAUGAUGUCAAUGCACCAAUGCAUGAUGUCAAUGCACCAAUGCAUGAUGUCAAUGCACCAAUGCAUGAUGUCAAUGCACCAAUGCAUGAUGUUAAUGCACCAAUGCAGCAAGGCAAUGCAACAAGACGAGGGACACAUAUAGUGGCAAACCCUGAACAUGAAGCAACCUAUAACACUCAUGUGAAUAAUGGAUUUGAUGCGUCCAAUAGACAACUCAUUACAGGGGAAACCACUGACUCAACUGUUCUCAGCAGUGCUGUCUCAUCAGAUCACUUUCAAUGCGAGAUCUGCAUGAAGAAAUUUGUCAGUAAUAUAACACUGAAUAUACAUAGAAAUAUACAUACUGGUAAAAAGAAGAGUUGUAAAAGAUGUGAUAAGUCAUUUUCAGACCCUGCAAGCUUGAGUAGACAUAAGAAGAAAUAUAAUCAUUUCUGGUAAGAACAAACAUUAAUGAUGUGAUGUCAUAAGACAUCUCUUAAAGGGUGAAGACAUCUCAUUUUAGUCAUCAGACCAUCUCUUAAAGGGUGACGACAAGUCAUUAUAGUCAUUUGACCAUCUCUUCAAGGGUGAUGAUGACU